GGGAAGGGCGAGGGGGAGGGAAGAGAAUGGGAGCUCGCGGGAGUUGGUAACACUGGGAGGCGGAGGAAGACGCCAGGCCGAGGAGGGAGAAAUUUAGGCCUAUUUCAAGUAUUUUCUCCCAUUCGAGGCACUGAACGACUCCAUCAGUGUUCCUGCAACCUGAAGUGAGAGGGAAAAUGAUGAGCUCUUAAAAGGGGAAGAAAGACGUGUCUGUACCGGCAGCCAGCAGAGGUUGCCAAGUGGUCAGCCAUGCCCAAUAGCCCAUCCAUGUAUGGUAUGGCUGUGCCCUCCUGUCCCCCCCUGGUCAUGUGUUGCCCCCAAAUAGGGGCAGCCCAACAACCUGGCAGGCAGCGGCCUAGGGAGGGGCUCAUUGGGGUUACCUGAUACAUGGGCUGCUUCUUCCCAGCCGAUCCCAAACAUCACCUUCCUCUCACCACUUCUCUCAGGGAACUGUCCAGCUCUUGACCCGUGGCUCUUACCUCCAGCCACUGGAAUCCUUCAGCUGCCGCUGACCCAUUGCCUUCCUCUCCUUGUGAAGAAGGUUGCCAACAGGCAGUGCAGCAAGCCUCAGCCUUAUGGCUGUGAGGUUACUGCCAGCACACACAAGGCUGAGUAAGGCACAGCGUGGGACCAUCGUCAUGUCUGUACACCUGACUUCUCGAGCACCCCCAACUGCUACCAUCACAUCCAUCAUCUGCAUCAACACCGGCUGCAUCAGUGAGGAAGCCUUGGUCAUCUCACUCAUUGACGAGUGUUCGCUCUGAACUGGCGGCAGUUUUGACUAGUGUGGGAGGCAGUGGCAACCUUCCCUCCUUCCUCCCAAAGCUCUGCUGUUGCCAUUCGCUAACAGUGCGACAUCACAACCAAACUCGUCAGACUGCCCACUCAGGAGCUGAGCUUUAAUGCCUCACUUCUGACUGGACUGGUGAAGGGCAAACCAGCAUUCUGCUCAGAAUGGAAGCCGAGGCAGUGACUGGCAAGGGAUGUGGUUCUGUCCACCCCAGCACCACCCAGCCAACAGCAGCACCCUUCGCCAGUGUGCUCUGGCUCCCCACCAUGCCUAGCUCCUGCCCACACAGCUUUAUUUUCGCCGGAGAUUACGCCGCAGCACAAGCUGUGGCUCCUGCACCCCUGGAGAUGGCUCCCUCACCUGCUAUCCAUUUCCAGCUCUUCAUUAGCAGCUGGGGUGAGUCAUGUGGGAGCUGGUGGGUGUGUGCAGGCUGCUGGGGGACUGUCAGCCUCAUCCCUGGUGGACUAAGGAACCACCGUCCAGGUCUUGCCCUGCCCUCGCCUGUCUGGCCCACGGUGACCUCCGCAUCUGAGCCCUCACGUCCUGCCUCAUGCACUACACAGACAGAGCAACUGACUUGUGGCUGUCUGCUGGUCUUCAUGUGUUCUCUCUUCUCUCAGCGGGGUUUUUCCUCCUCUAAAUGGCCUAAUGUUAGUCAUCUAUGGUGUAGAUCAUUUCCAUAGAUGUUUUUCACCUGUCAUUAGGUCUUCAGUUGCAGUUGAUUCGUAUAAUAGUACAGUAGCUGAUUUAUAUUUUUGAUACCUUUGGUAAAAUUUUUGUCAAUUAAGGGCAAAUGAGCAGAAAGAGAGAGAGAAAGAGAGAGAGAGUUAAAGAGACAGACUUAAAUUAGCUUCAUCUUUGUCCUGUCCUCUGUUCACUGCAGACAAUGAUCAGAUGUGAAUGAGAUUUCUUGUCUUGUGUUUUAGAUACAUUGUUUUAGCCGCAGAGUAUAGCCCACAACUAGGCACCACAGCCCUCUCGUAAGGCACCACUACUGUGUGUGACAGCAGUGGUGGACUGCCAUUCAAUAGUGUCAAUGCCUUUUAUAAUUUUUUUUCUUUUUUUCCAUUAGCAGCAAGAAGUUAUGAUUUUCUGUUGAAUUGUAGGUCUUCUUUCUAUUCUUUCCAUCACUAACAGUUGCUGAAUAUUAAGUUUACUUUAUCACACUGCUGAGAACCUUGCAGCAACAGUAGCAGCAGCAGCAGCCAGAGCAGCAGUAGUAGCAGCAGCAGCAGUGGCAGCAGCAGCAGCAGCAGCAGCAGGAGCACCAAGGUUCAGGGGAUGUGCUAUGCGAGUGGUGUUGUGCAUCGAGCAUUUCGUGCAAUUUGUCGUCCUCAAUCAAGAAGAGGAAUUUUGGCGGCGGAGUGCUCUCGGUUAUUGUGAAGCAGUAAAUAAAAAUUUUGAUGGGAAAAAGGAGCUUUGAUAAGGUGUAAUCAUAAUUUUUCUUUGAAUUUUCCCUGAGUGUUGUGUGUGAAAUGGUGGUGAGUGGUGGUGAGUCCAGCCUGGUGCCGGCUGGCAGGCAGCAACACGCUGCCUGGGUCACUGGCAAGUGUUGGCCGGGUGUCCAGGCAGCUCAGUGCUCUUUCUGAUGCCCAUGACAGGUGCCCCCCAAGAGUCUCUUCGAGUCCAGGGACAGGGACCACUUGCCAGGUGCCCCAGGUGGCCCCCAGGCACCCCUAGGGCAGAAGCUCACUCCUGUUCAUCAUCCAUCGUUGUUUGCCACAGCAGUGGUCUCAGCACGUCUGGUGGCUUGGCCAGCCAUCAUCACCUUCCAAGUGUCUGGCUUGGGAUGGCACUAGCCUGGCCUGGUGAUAAGGAGUGAGGAGCAAGUCCUCAGUCACCUUCCUGGCCUACAUGCUGCCACCCCUGCUGCCCACAUCUUCACUGCACAACAACUACUGAGGACAGCAUCCCCAGCACUGAAGAGUGCCACACACACAAGAUCACAUCAGGAUGUCCAGCAGGUACAGCCGCCCCCACACCCCCCCGGGACCCCCGCCCAGCCAGGGGUCCCGGAAGUCAUCAGGGCGAAAAUUGUCAACUUCUUCAUCUGUGACCUCCAAGGCUCCACCCUCAAGGUCAUAUGAUCACCACUUUGACAAGCCAUACAGCAAGUCCUCCUCUUCCUCCUACCCUCCCCCCAAAGCCUACUCCAAUGACAAGUACAAAAGUGCCUCUUUACGCAAAGUGGGAAGUGACAAAGUGCCAAACAGCAGUGGCGGCAGUGGUGGGGGUAAAUACUCCAGCAAGGGUGAUGCCUACAGCAGUGAGAGUAGCAGCAGAGAGUACAAAGUCACCAGGGAGGUGAACUACCCAAGUGGGGACAGGUACGGCAGUAAGGAGCCCCACCACCCUCACCAAUCACUGUACAUGGGGUCCUCUUACCCUGGAGAGAAGACAAGGUACCCUGACAAAUACCUGAGUGGCUCUCCUCCUCCUCCCGCCCCUUAUGGAGACUCCAAGUACUCGAGCAAGAAGUAUGCAGAUGACUAUGACCCCUACCCACCAGAGAAGUCCACCGGCAGGUACGCCUCAGCCUCCUCCUCCACACGGCAUGAAGGGAGUGCCUACUACUCCUCAGGCUCUCUGGCUCCUUACAGCCCAUACAACUCCUACAGUUCUUAUGGGGCUUAUGGGAGCACCUAUGGAAGUAGAGGAGGCACGGGAGGCUACGGGGCUUCAGACAAGUUGGCCCCUCUGAGCUACGAAUCUGACAAGCUGGCCUCAAGCAGCUACAGCAGUCUGGACAAGCUGAGCCAAGUGCCCCUCCACUCCAGGGACAAGUUAUCAUCAGGAGGCUACUCAGACACCAAGCUGGGUUCCAGGAGCAGACUGUACCCUGAAGAUGAUCGCCGACCCUACAGGGACUACACGCCUCCACCCACAUGUUCCACCAGGUCCCCAGUGCGAGGGCUGUCCAGCAACUCCUACAGUAACUUUGGUCACUACUCCCCACCCUCGCGCUCACCUCAACGGCAGCUACUCAACAGAUAUGUCAUUGGGGACAGUGUUGUGUAUGGUCCACCAGGCCAUUACCCAAGAGACCUGCGUUCCUCCUCGCCCCGCGGCCGACCCCCAUCUCCGCCAUCCCCCCAGCCCCUCAUGCCCCGGAGCUACUCAAGAUAUCCGGCCAGCCCCAGACGUUACCCAUCCACUAGCAGCAGGAGGAGUCCACCGGCGUCCUCCUCUCAGUACCGCUCACCCUCUCCUUCUGCCCGGAGGGUCGCCUCCCCCCAUCGCCCCCCCUCCCCCCCGCCCAGACGUCCCCCCUCCCCCUGCAGCCCCCAGUUGAGGACCUCCUACAGGGGGAGCCAGGAGCACAGCUAUGAGAGGGCCAGGUCCAAGGACAGGUAUGUCAGGAAAGCUAGUGCAGUGAGGAGCCCAGCACGAGAUAGUCGGGGAGCCACCAUCGGCCGAAGUGAACUCAACAGCAGGGGCGAUCGCGACAAAAGAAAGGAACCAGAGCGUAGGUUGACUGGCUCACGAGAGAAGACCCACGAUGGGGAUCCAGCCAAGAGAGCCAGAGCAGGGGAACGCAAUGCUGAGUACCAUCACAGCACCUCCCGAGGCUGGAGCUCUAAAGACACAAGCACAGCUGCCACUAGCAAUCACCUCUCCUCCAGCCACAAGGACAGGCGGCCCCGCUCUCCACCACCCGCUGCUAGGAGCAGCCUGAGGGGUGGGGACCUGCCCAGAGACAGGAGGAGAGAGGAGAGCAGGGAGAGGGAUAAGAGCAGGAGAAUAGAAGACCGACUGGGGCCUUCUCCGUCACAGACCACCCGCAGAAGUCCAGCCUUGAGGUCUCGGGCCCCUCGCAGGGCAGCCUCUCCAAGGGACAAGAGGAGCAGCAGCAGGCGUCACCCAGAUCUACGACUGUGGAUCGAAUCCCGCAAAUCUGAGGGAGGGAAGCGACUUGGUUCUCCGAGCAGGUCUCGGCCGGUUACCAAGCGUGUGGCAAGGUCAAGUGAGAGGUCCACAGUUAGCAAGAGGACUCGCCUGGGGGACCCAAAGAAGAGGCUUGGUGGGUACAAGGCUCGUCGGAGAGCUCUGCCCAUCAAGAGGAACAAGAUAUUGAAAAAGUACCAGAGGUUAACAGCCAAGAGGGGAGCCAGGGUCGGAGGUAGCUCAAGUAAACUCAACAGCCAGAGCAGCCGAGAGAAUGGUGGUACCCGAGGAGACAGGGGUGAUGAGGGCAGCAAGGGGAGGGAGGAUGGUGGCGGAGGCGGGGGGGAGGGAUCGCGCCUUCCAGGAAGCACUGCCACCAUCCGCCGUGUCAUAAAAAAGCCCAAGGUGCUGAGUCUGGUAAACCGCAUGGUGCUGAAGCCUCGAGUCAUCAGGAAGCCAACCCAAAAACUGCUCAAGGACCCCAAGGAAGAAACAAAGAGCAAGGACAAAACACAGUCUGAGUCAAACCAGAAGGAGAGUAGCAGUAAGGCAGAUGACAAGCAGACCACCUCAUCCUCCACUGCAGGCACCACCACACACGCCACCACCAACGCCUCUUCCACCACGGCUGCCACCACCACCUCCACCUCAUCCGCUGCUGCUGAGACAACCAAACGCUCCUCUUCUCGCUCCACCACCGCUCCCAGUAGCUCCACUACCACUACUGUCACCACCUCAUCGUCCUAACACCCAUGUUUGGAGUGGUGGGAUAUUUCUGGCAAUAACUCUUUUGUGAUACAUCGCCAAGUCAUCCUCUUCUGUUAAGGCUUUUCAUUUUUGGGUUGUUUCCUUCUACUUUUAUUGUGGCCUUGAGGUGAGAUGUGGCUGUGUGAUGGGAUGUUGAAGGCCCAGGUUAUGGUGGUGAUGACUGGUGCAGGAAGGCAAGGCUAGUGAUGGGAGAUUCACUGCAUGGAAUGGAGUCAGUCAUUGGUGCUUCUCAGCUCACGGUGAUGGUCCUGUCAGGCAUUGCCUCGGAUGUGCUGUGCAGGGCAUUUCCAGUCUUGUCAUGACUCAAGUGUGCAUCAGGAACUCAAGGAACAUUAGAAAUGAGUUUACCUCAUUUCUUACACACACACACACACACACACACACACACACACACACACACACACACACACACACACACACUCACUCACUCACUCAC